UUUUCCGUUCCGGUUGCGUCACACUGGUUAGCUUGGACACUUCGGGGGAUCACAGGAAGGGCUUCAUGCGUCCAGCUAUGUCUGCUUCUGUACCUGAAGAAAUUAAAUUAAUUGAGAGACACGAGGAAAUUUUAGACCAGAGAGCAGAGCUUCUGGAGCAGAUGGUGAAUCGCGGGAAGCAGCUGAAGAUCCAGAGGAAGCAGCAGGUGAAGGAAAGUGAGGCCGCUCGCCACAGGAACGCCACACUGCUGCAGGAUUUACAGAAGAUAGAAGAUCGCCUCAGAGGAAAACUGCUGCCAAGCCCACAUUUCCUGGCUCUGGAGACAGGAUAUUGGGCAUCUGUGGAAGAGUCUAUACCAGCUUGGGAGCACUUCCUCCUGGGUAAAGGCCCACACCCUACUGAUGGUGUAGGACAGCCAACCAGGAGAGCCAAACAGAAAACCAGCACAGCGAAAGACCAGGGCCUGCCUCCUCACCCAAAACUGAGGACAGCUCCAUAGUUGAGCAGUGAUGCUGAUGAUGCCACUGUAGCCUGAAAGAUAUCUUUGACGGUCACAUCAUACUGAUGAUCACAAACCUUGUGAUUCAAAUAUCUCAUUCAGAACCUCCUUCAUGACCGUUCUCCCUGUUUCUUCCAGGAAAUUGAUUCAUCGAUACCGAGAUUUAAACACUAUUUAACCAACUCACUGAAAAGAGAGAGAGAGAACUUUUUUCACUGUUAUUUGUAGUUUACGUUCUAUCUGUAUUUGUAAUUUUGGAUUUUGUAAUUCAUAACUGAUACAUUGAAUGCUCUUGAUUGGAUUCAUCUUGUUAUGUCAUAUUUAAAUGUAAACUUUUUUGAUUUUGUAGCAAACUGCCUUGGCAACAUUGUUGAAAUGAAACCUUCAUGCCAAAAAAGCACACUGCACUGAGCUGAACAGGAGAGAAAGGCAACAAGAAAGAAAGAAAGAGAAAGGGAGGGAGAAGUAAUGUGUGCAUGUGUUGGGCCGAGCGAGAGAGAGAGGGAGAGUGCAUAUUGACAGAGGUGAAACAUUUAUUUGAUAAUUAUUUGAUGUCAUUCUGUGGUUUAUCAUUGAAGUGUAUAAAAUAGGGCUGAACCUAACCAUUAUUUUUAAUAUCUAAUCACUAAUUUAUUGAUUUUAAUAUAUUACUAUAUUAAUAUAACAAUAAAUGCUUCCAAAAUAAAUAUAAACUUGUCUUAUUAAUAAUUCAAUAUUGUAUUCAAUCAUCCUGAAUAAGAGACACAUAAAUCACAUUAGAAUAAUGAUAAUAGUAGCAUAUUUUAAAAUGAGUGUAAUUUCCAAGUCCCUGCUGUGUUAUGAUGAUAAUAAUAAAAACAAACCCUAUGUGUCGGAUGCCUGAUCAGAAAAAUACUGGACCUGAUUUAUUUACUGAGAUAAUCCCUGGUAUUGUAUCAGUGUGUGGGGUAAAGAAAAUAACUAAAACGUUAGAUGGCGCUUGAUGUAAUGGUACCAUGACAUUAGGGGUGCAGAAAUGACUUUUAACAUGGAGGUACUUUUAAACAUUUAGACAAUUAAUUUCAAUUGACAACUAACUGAAACGCACUCCUCGGGUUGAUCACCCUAAUAUAUUGAGCUUGUGCGGGGACAAAAAGUAAACAGUAUUUGCUGCAAUCUUGACGAGAGUUUACAGAGGAACGUUAACCACGUUGUUGGCUCUAAAAUACUCCCAAACUUUACAUUGUGGUUGGCAGGUAUUUAUAGCUGCAGAGAGUUCUCUGGGGGAAUCUCUGCUUUAACCAGGUGCAGCACUUCUUUGCAACACACCGAUGCACAUUCUGCAAAUCAACGCAUUUCUAUAAUUAGUCCAUUAAAUCCACUCUUAUCUAAUAUUUUCUACAGCCAGCACCUGCUGAUAGCUGAUCUAGCUGAUAGUUACACAGACAUGGGACAAAUUAAAGGAUAAACCUGAAUAAAAGAGUGAAGGAAAUGUAUCAAGUGCCUCUGUGCACCAGGGCUCGCUCAGUGGUUUGGUGAGUGAAAAAAAUAAUGUGAAUAAAAUGAUAUGACCUUUGCAGUCCCCAGAUCUCAGCCCAGUUUCACACUUGUAGAAGAUUUUGGACCAGCUUGUAAGACAAUGCUCUCUACCACCAAGACCAAAUGAUCUAAACUUACAGUAUUAGGUGAUUAAUGUCUGUGAAUGUCUUUGAUGCUACAUGUCUUUUUGUUUAGUCUGGGGUGUUUGUGUUUCUUCCUAUCUGCUGUUCUCAGGUCUGGCUUGAUCUCAAUGAGAUGACCUGAUUAAAUAAAGGUUGUAUACUUUGCAGGAGACUGAA